GACCAGCUCUUCAAUCAGAGAUAACAGGAACUUAGUAUGAUCUCCAGCGAGUCCAUGCAGAACUUCUUGUCCCUCCUAUUCAGCUCCUAGUUCUGUUGAAGUUCUUUUCACUGGAGAAGAAACUCAGCAUGAUGUAUAUAUUAGUGUUUGGGUUUGAACAGUAAGCACUUUGACUAGGUCACUGCCCUCACCGCUGCACGUAGGAAUUGUACCUGAUGUCCUGUUACACCACAAGUCUGGUAUUGGACUCUGCCACCUAGUAGUGCUUGGCAAUGGCUCUCAUUGACUUGCUAACAUUUCACUGGUGAUGUCCCAGUUCUCUUGGAUGAACUCAGCCAUCCGAUAAUGCCUGAACUCUGAGAAUUUUUAUUUCUCAUGGCCAGAGUUGAUAGGUCCCUGUUAAAGGUCUUCCGCUUUUUCCUGUUCUUGAUUACAAAGCACCCAACCACAUUCAAAAAGCUUGUCUAUGAUCUACUACACCUCUUGUACAUCCAUAGUUUACAUGGGAUACAUUGUAUAGAAUUUCCACCAACACUUUUUAUGCAUAUUGAACAAAGCACUCAAUACUAAAGUACAAUAAUGAGUGUGUGUAUGUAUGUGUGUGUGUGUGUGUGUGUGUGUGUGUAAAAGAGAUAGAUACGUUGCCGUUAUGAGAAGGCUAUUCCUGAGCUAGAUUCGAUUCCUGUUUGAACUACGCCGGUUAUACAUGUCCUUUAUACUUUCGAGAAUGUCAUGAACGCCUUCUUUUCUUAUUUCUACACCUACAAUAAAUUUGAAAUCUUAAAACUCUAUUUUAAAAAAAUCAUUUAUGUAAAUCUUAUCAUACAGAAAAAAACGAAUAAGGUUUCAAUCCUUAAUAGGAAUGGUUAUUGUUACAUCGAUAAUGUUCUUAAGAAAGAUAAACAAUACAAGUUCCGCUUUCUCUUUUUCUCUGAACCAAUUACAUCCGGCUGCUUUGCUUGCUUCACGAAAAGCUAAAUAUGAGAAUUGCUAUCUCUCCCUCUCACUCUGACAUCAAACUAACUAAAUAGAAAGUUGUUUAGUUUAUCCAGUUUAACUUAAAAACGUAAUUUUCUAUUGUAGCUUUAAUAAGCUUUAUGAAUGAUGGCACCCAGCUGACUUUGAUCAAAAACAUUUCCUUAACUUAUCAGCUGCUUAAACAAAACAAUAACAAAGACAACUUGGAAAUCGUAAACUACAAAUUAGAUAGUCUAUGUCUAUAAAAUAUUCGGUAAAUAGUUGAUUAUGACAGAGAAAUAAUAAUAAUGAUUGUGAUGAUAAUUUAAUAUAAAAAAAAGUUAAUAACUUUUUGAUUUUGACGAAACUACCACUGCAGGGGGAGUGUCUCUGUUAGUUGUGUUCAGCAACGUGGUUUAUUGGCAGAAGCUACUUUGAAUUCUUUAUAAAAUAUACUGUGUUCUUCACUUGUGAACUUGUUUUCGUGAGUACCAUCAUUUGUAUGUAUAUGUAAGAACAUAAUGAAAGAAAAAUAAACAAGCAAAAAAUAAGACAGCUCAAUAAAUAAACAUACUUUUCGAAUGCUAGAUAUUUUUUGUUUGAUUUUCCAUGCAUUUCGAAAUGGACAACGAUGAACGAGCUGAAGAACUAGUUGCUAUAAGCAGCAUCUAUGAAGAGGAUAUAUUUCUACCUUCACUUGAUGACUACGGUGGUCAGUUUGUUGCCAAAUUGAAGUUACCUCAACCGUUCAGUGUCAAAAUACAAAGCAGCGAUAGCGAUUCAGCAUCGGCUAAUAUAACAGAAAAACUCAAUCAUAUCAAACACUUGCCACCUCUUGUUCUCAACUUUCAACUUCCUACAGGCUAUCCUUCGCACCAUGCACCUAUUUUCACACUUUCCUGCAAGUGGCUUUCUAAGAGCCAACUCGAUAUAUUAUGUAAGCGGCUUGACCAAGUUUAUCAGGAAAAUAAUGGCAUGGUAGUGUUAUUUCUUUGGUUUGACGUUCUUGAAAAUGAAACGUUCGAUUUGCUCGGAUUAAAAGUUCCUUUAGAUCUAUCAAGCGUGGUAAGCAAUUCGGUUGGUACUAAACAUAACGAAGAUACAGAUGGUCAGUUCGAUCCCCGCGGAAUACAAGAUAUAGCUUCUCAGGAUUUAUUGUUACCAACUAUUCUUGAUUACAACAACCAGGAAAAUCAGAGACAAUUUUCAAAAACUUUGUUUACUUGCAACAUUUGCUUCUGUGAUAAACUAGGUUCAAAGUGUAUUAAGCUUGAUAGCUGCGAACAUGUUUUCUGUAAAGACUGUAUGAAAGAAUAUUUUACUAUCAAUAUAAAAGACGGAAAUAUUAACGGAUUACAAUGCCCAACGGACAAAUGUGAAUCUAAAAUUCAUCCAUCUCAAGUUAAGUCACUUGUGGACCCCGAUGUCUUCUCCAGAUAUGACUACCUACUCUUACAGUUAGGUCUUCAGACAAUGACAGAUUUAGUAUACUGCCCUCGUCCAGCUUGCGGUCAACCUGUCAUUUUAGACCGUGGUUGUAAUAUAGGCAAUUGCCCCAGUUGCAACCUGGUAUUUUGUAGUCUCUGUAGGCUAACAUACCAUGGUUUAUCUAACUGUAAAAUGAAAUCUGAGGAUCGACAAAAGUUGAAAGAUGAAUAUUUGGGUGCUGAUGCUGAAACCAAGCAUAUUUUGGAAAAACGCUUUGGCAAAAAACACUUACAGGAUAUUGUUGAUGAGUCUUUCUCACAAGAAUGGCUUGAGCAACACAGCAAGCAAUGUCCUCAUUGUAACACUUACAUCCAGAAAAUAGAUGGUUGCAACAAGAUGGCUUGCUCCAAAUGCAAUGCAUUCUUUUGUUGGUUAUGCAUGGAAACUUUACCGAGGAAUUCGCCUUACAUACAUUUCAGUUCGAGUGCCAGUCCAUGUUUUAACCGGCUUUUUGAAGGAGUUGAUAUCGAUGAUGAUUUCCACGAUGUCGAUUUUUUUCUGUGAUAAGUUACUAAAGAAAAAGAAGAAAUCAGAAAAAAAGGUUUAUUAUAUAAAAGUUUUGUUGAUUUUGAAGUGA